UGCCGUGUCCCACCGCCGCGGGCAGGAAGUCAGCGGCCCCAUUACAAUGGGACUUUGUGCCGUAAGCGUAUUACUCAGCACUGACCUUGUGCAAUUCUGCACGGUAUUCAGCCCGACGGGUCAGCUGAGGACGCGUGGCCAGUGUGCCCGGUGGCUGCCCCCGAGCCCCCCAGGGUGCCCCAGCUGCAGCCUGGGCUCCUGGGAGCACAGGGGCUUUCUGCUCCACGGCAGCAGGAUGCGAGUCUGUCCCACUGGGCUGGCAAGGAGGCGAGCAGUCGUCGGGGGGACGUUUGGGGGGUGUCAGGAGGUGACCGUGGGACUGAGACUUCUCCUUCCCCCCCCAGGGGUCCCUGGAGGUGAGCCUGAGCCAGCCCACCCGCAGCAGCAGUGGCUCGGAGCGGUCCCUGCUUGUCGCGGAGGAGAUGCGCAGCCUCAUCGUGGAGAAGGGCCCGGGGCCAGUGGAGGAUGACCCUGACGCUCUCGUGAAAGGCUGGCUGCAGCGGGAGGUGCGGGGUGGCAUGAAGACCCCCUGGAUCCGGCCUCGGAAGUACUGGUUUGUGCUGACGCCUGACUCCCUGGACUACUACAGCAGCAACGAGAAGGGUGCCCGGCGACUGGGCUCUCUCGUGCUCACCAGCCUCUGCUCCGUGCUCUGGCCGGACAAGCAGACCUACAAGGAGACGGGCUACUGGAACGUGACGGUGUUUGGCAGAAAGCACUGCUACCGCCUGUACACGGAGCACCUGAACGAGGCCGUGCACUGGGUGUGCGCCGUGCAGAAGGUCAUCGACAGCAAAGUGCCCGUCCAGACGCCCACCCAGCUGCUCAUGCGCGAUGUUGAGGAGCACUGUGGCAGCCCCGAGGUCCUGGAGCAGAUCUACCGCUGCAACCCCAUCCUGCGCUACACCAGCAGCCCCCUCUACGCGCCCCUCCUGCCCUUCCCCUACGGCAGCCUGGACCAAAGUGCCCCCGGCCCCCGCAGCUACACCACGCUGCGCGACGAGGCCGUGAAGCUCUUCAACUCGCUGCAGCAGCUGGAGUCGGAGCGGGACCCGGUGCCGCUGAUGCAGGGCGUCCUGCAGACCUGCCUGGACCUGCCGCCGCUGGUGGACGAGAUCUACUGCCAGCUGGUGAAGCAGACCACGGAGCCGGCGGCGCCGGGCGGGCAGGGCGACCUGCACUACUGGCAGCUGCUCACCUGCAUGAGCUGCACCUUCCUGCCCUCCCCGCCCGUCCUGCGCUUCCUGCGCUUCCACCUGGACAGGACAGAGAGCCGUUUCCCCACCUCGGAGAUGGCCAAGUACGCCUGCUUCAUCCGGGAGGCGCUGGGGAAGACAAAGGGGCGGGAGUGCGUGCCCUCCCUGGAGGAGAUCCUGGUGCUGAUGCGGCGGCAGGAGAUGAUCUGCACCGUGCACUGCCCGGGUGCACCCGCCUGCAGCGUGGCCAUCAGCUCCCACACCACGGCCGAGGAGGUGGCCCGGGAGCUGGUGUCGCGCCUGGGGCUGUCCCAGAGCCCCAACCUCUUUGCGCUCUACGAGCAGUCCCGGCGGCGAGAGCAGCCCGUGGCCAGCGCCACGCUGCUGGCUGACGUCCUCACCAGGUUUGAAAACCUGGCCGGGGAGGAGCGGGAGCAGGACCCGCCGUGUCGGCUCUGCUUCAAACACUACGGCUUCUUGGACACGGAUAACGUCCCGCGUGACAGCCUGGAGUUCGCCCUCCUCUUCGAGCAGGCGCACGAGAUGGUGCUGCGGGGCUACGUGCCCACGUCGGAGGAGACGCUGCAGACGCUGGCCGCCCUGCGCCUGCAGAGCCUCAACAGCGACUUCUCCACCCACGCACCCUUCCCGCGCCUGGAGGAGCUCUUCCCGCCCCACGUCCUGCACGCCCGCCUGCCGCCCCCCCGCCGGCGGACCCCCACCAAAUGCCGGGGGGCUCGGCUGCGCGCGGGGCUGCUGGCUGGAGGGCUCUGGGGGCAAACGCUGGCCAAGCAGCGGGCGGAGCGGGACCAGCGGCUGCGGGGCCGGCUGCGGGAGGAGGGGGCCAGCACCAUGGCUGCCAUCGUGGAGAAGUGGAAGCUGCUGCAGGGCAUGGGCCGGCCCGAGGCCAUGGCCGCCUACGUGGCGCUGGUGCGGGAGUGGCCCGGCUUCGGCUCCACGCUCUUCGACGUCGACCUGCGUGCGAGCCCGGUGGGGGCCGGUCCCCAGCGGCUGUGGCUGGGCAUCGGGGCCAAGGCCGUCUCGCUCUACAAGCCCGGGGAGCCUGAGCCCUUGGACAGCUUCUGCUACGGCCGCAUCUCCUCCUUCGGUGCCUCCGACAGCAGCACUUUCCGCCUCUCCGUGGAGGACCGGGACCUGCUCUUUGAGACCUCCCAGGUCUUGGGGGUCUCCCCAGGUCUCGGGGGUCUCCCUCCCGCCCGGGUCCUGUCCCCUGUGGAGCUGCAGUGCGUGGCGGUGCGGGCAGGGCAGGGCGGUGCCGGCUGCAGGCCUUGGUCAGCCAUGCCGGCAGGUCCUGCCAGUAUUUCUGGCUCUGCCACAGCGGUGGCCCAGACAGCACGCUGCCGGCUGCCUCCCGGUCCCAGCCGCUCCCCGGGACGUGCAGCGAGAGUUGCUCCCACGGGUGGAGGUUCCUGCCAGCGCAGCGUGGAGCUGCCCCACUCAAGUCCUGGGCCGGGGCAGGAGGUGGGGCAGAGGCUGUCCCCCCACCGAGGCUCUGCAGCAGUGGUGCUGCAGCGUGUGAGCGGCCGGGGCGAUGCCGCCGCCGCCGCCACCGGUCAACACUGA